CUUGUUGAUGACAGGUGUGUGGUGCAGCCGGACGCAGGAGACCUGGCCAUUCCGCCCAAAAAGUUCAGAGGUGAGUGGGAGGAGUCAAUGACUAGCUGGCCAACCACAGAGUCCUGAGUCCUUACUAAUAUAGUUGUAUUUGAAUGAAUUAACUCACAGCUUUUCUGCCAAGUUAGCAGUGAGGGGCAGUCUAGUAGUGCAGCAUGCCAUGGUUACUGCAGUCCACACACACACACACACACACAAACACCCUCCCAAGGCUGAGCAGGCCACUAUAGCUCCAUGUUGUUUUAACAGUGUGGUUUACAGGAUGAGGUUUAAGUGUUUAACUGACUUUACAGAAUCCCAUUGAGUAAACAGCCAUUAACCACAAACAUGGUAUAUACCCCCACCCAGUCACACAGACUCAAGUGACAGUUAAAGUGACACAUUGCCAACAUGUAAAGUGUUGGUCCCAUGUUUUAUGAGCUGAUAUAAAAUAUCCCAGAAUUUUUCAAUCGCUUAUUUCUCAAAAAUGUUGUGGACAAAUUUGUUAACAUCCCUGUUAGUGAGCAUUUAUUUUUUUGCCAAGAUAAUCCAUCCACCUGACAGGUAUGGCAUAUCAAGAAGCUGAUUAAACAGCAUGAUCAUUCCACAGGUGCACCUUGUGCUGGGGACAAUAAAAGGCCACUCUAAAAUGUGCAGGAUCUUUUUUGUUGUUGUUGUUGUUAUUUUAGCAUUUUAGGAUCUUCUGAGAACAGCCACCCGGACAGCUGAUGAAACUGUGGGUUUGCACAACCGAAGAAGUUCUGCACAAACUGUCAGAAACCGUCACAGGGAAGCUCAUCUGUGUUGUCGUCGUCCUCACCAGGGUCUUGACCUGACCGCAGUUCGGCGGCAUAACCGACUUCAAUGGGCAAAUGCUCACCUUCAAUGGCCACUGGCAUGCUGGAGAAGUGUGCUCUUCACAGAUGAACCCCGGUUUCAACUGUACUGGGCAGAUGGCGUCGUGUGGGCGAGCGGUUUGCUGAUGUCAACGUUGUGAACAGAGUGCCCCAUGGUGGCGAUGGGGUUAUGGUAUGGGCAGGCAUAAGCUACGGACAACAAAGACAAUUGCAUUUUAGUGAUGGCAAUUUGAAUGCAGAGAGAUAACGUGACGAGAUCCUGAGGCCCAUUAUCGUGCCAUUCAUUCGCAGUCAUCACCUCAUGUUUCAGCAUGAUAAUGCACGGCCCCAUGUCGCAAGGAUCUGUACACAAUUCCUGGAAACUGAAAAAGUCCCAGUUCGUCCAUGGCAUGAAUACUCACCAGACAUGUCACCCAUUGAGCAUGUUUGGGAUGCUCUGUAUGUUAGGGAUGCUCUGGAUCACGGAGCUGGUGGAUGUUAGAGACAUUGCACUCCUCCACCUUCCGUUUGAGGAUGCCCCACAGAUGCUCAAUAGGGUUUAGGUCUGGAGACAUGCUUGGCCAGUCCAUCACCUUUACCCUCAGCUUUCUUAGCAAGGCAGUGGUCGUCUUGGAGGUGUGUUUGGGGUCGUUAUCAUGUUGGAAUAUUGCCCUGCGGCCCAGUCGCCGAAGGGAGGGGAUCAUGCUCUGCUUCAGUAUGUCACAGUACAUGUUGGCAUUCAUGGUUCCCUCGAUGAACUGUAGCUCCCCAGUGCCGGCAGCACUCAUGCAGCCCCAGACCCGUGACACUCCCACCACCACGCUUGACUGUAGGCAAGACACACUUGUCUUUGUACUCCUCACCUGGUUGCCGCCACACACACUUGACACCAUCUGAACCAAAUAAGUUUAUCUUGGUCUCAUCAGACCACAGGUCAUGGUUUCAGUAAUCCAUGUCCUUAGUCUGCUUGUCUUCAGCAAACUGUUUGCGGGCUUUCUUGUGCGUCAUCUUUAGAAGAGGCUUCCUUCUGGGACAACAGCUAUGCAGACCAAUUUGAUGCAGUGUGCGGCGUAUGGUCUGAGCACUGACAGGCUGACCCCCCCACCCCUUCAACCUCUGCAGCAAUGCUGGCAGCACUCAUACGUCUAUUUCCCAAAGACAACCUCUUGAUAUGACGCUGAGCACGUGCACUCAACUUCUUUGGUCGACCAUGGCGAGGCCUGUUCUGAGUGGAACCUUUCCUGUUAAACCGCUGUAUGGUCUUGGCCACUGUGCUGCAGCUCAGUUUCAGGGUCUUGGCAAUCUUCUUAUAGCCCAGGCCAUCUUUAUGUAGAGCAACAAUUCUUUUUUUCAGAUCCUCAGAGAGUUCUUUGCCAUGCGGUGCCAUGUUGAACUUCCAGUGACCAGUAUGAGGGAGUGUGAGAGCGAUGACACCAAAUUUAACACACCUGCUCCCCAUUCACACCUGAGACCUUGUAACACUAACGAGUCACAUGACACUGAGGAGGGAAAAUGGCUAAUUGGGCCCAAUUUGGACAUUUUCACUUAGGGGUGUACUCACUUUUGUUGCCAGCGAUUUAGACAUUAAUGGCUGUGUUGAGUUAUUUUGAGGGGACAGCAAAUUUACACUGUUAUACAAGCUGUACACUCACUACUUUACAUUGUAGCAAAGUGUCAUUUCUUCAGUGUUGUCACAUGAAAAGAUGUACUCAAAUAUUUACAAAAAUGUGAGGGGUGUACUCACUUUUGUGAGAUACUGUAUGUAUCUGUGACCAACAGAUGCAUAUCUGUAUUCCCAGUCAUGUGAAGUCCAUAGAUUAGGGCUUAAUGAAUUUAUUUCACUUGACUGAUUUCCUUAUAUGAACUGCAACUCAGUAAAAUCUUUGAAAUUGUUUCAUGUUGCAUUUUUAUAUUUUUGUUCAGUGUAGUAUGUUUGUCUGUGUGAUUCAUGUGUACAGUUGAAGUCGGAUGUUUACAUACACUUCGGUUGGAGUCAUUAAAACUUGUUUUUCAACCACUCCACAAAUUUCUUGUUAACAAACUAUAGUUUUGGCAAGUCGGUUAGGACAUCUACUUUGUGCAUGACACAAGUAAUGUUUCCAACAAUUGUUUACAGACAGAUUAUUUGACUUAUAAUUCACUGUAUCACAAUUCCAGUGGGUCAGAAGUUUAUAUACAAUAAGUUGACUGUGCCUUUAAACAAAAAACAAUCCGCAACUAUAAACACCAUGGGACCACGCAGCCGUCAUACCGCUCAGGAAGGAAACGCAUUCUGUCUCCUAGAGAUUAACGUACUUUGGUGCGAAAAGUGCAAAUCAAUCCCAGAACAACAACAAAGGACCUUGUGAAGAUGCUGGAGGAAACAGGUACAAAAGUAUCUACAGUAAAACGAGUCCUAUAUCAACAUAACCUGAAAGACCGCUCAGCUAGAAAGAAGCCACUGCUCCAAAACCGCCAUAAAAAAGCCAGAGUACGGUUUGCAAUUGCACAUGGGGACAAAGAUCGUACUUUUUGGAGAAAUGUCCUCUGGUCUGAUGAAACAAAAAUAUAACUGUUUGGCCAUAAUGACCAUCGUUAUGUUUGGAGGAAAAAGGGGAUUGGCUUGCAAGCCGGAGAACACCAUCCCAACCGUGAAGCACGGGGGUGGCAUCAUCAUGCUGUGGGGGUGCUUUGCUGCAGGAGGGACUGGUGCACUUCACAAAAUAGAUGGCAUCAUGAGGAAGGAAAAUUAUGUGGAUAUAUUGAAGCAACAUCUCAAGACAUCAGUCAGGAAGUUAAAGCUUGGUUGCAAAUGGGUUUUCCAAAUGGACAAUUACCCCAAGCAUACUUCCAAAGUUGUGACAAAAUGGCUUAACCACAACAAAGUCAAGGUAUUGGAGUAGCCAUCACAAAGCCCUGACCUCAAUCCUAUAGAACAUUUUGUGGGCAGAACUGAAAAAGCGUGUGCGAGUAAGGAGGCCUACAAACCGGACUCAGUUACACCAGCUCUGUCAGGAGGAAUGGGCCAAAAUUCACCCAACUUUAUGUGGGAAGCUUGUGGAAGGCUACCGGAAACGUUUGACCCAAGUUAAACAAUUUAAAGGCAAUGCUUCCAAAUACUAAUUGAGUGUAUGUAAACUUCUGACCCACUGGGAAUGUGAUGAAAGAAAUAAAAGCUGAAAUAAAUAAUUAUCUCUACCAUUAUUCUGACAUUUCACAUUCUUAAAAUAAAGUGGUGUUCCUAACUGACCUAAGACAGGGAAUUUUUACUAGGAUUAAAUGUCAGGAAUUGUGAAAAACAGAGUUGCAAUGUAUUUGGCUAAGGUGUAUGUAAACUUCCGACUUCAACUGUAUGUAUUCCUCACUCUCGCUCACUCACCUCCCUUCCUGUUUCUAUUUCUUGAUCUUUCUUUGUCUUUUUCUCCCCUAUCCAUCUCUCUUUUCCUCUCUCUCUCCAGACUGCCUGUUCAAGGUAUGUCCGAUGAACAGGUACUCAGCUCAGAAGCAGUUCUGGAAGGCCAAACAGGGCAAACAAGGCAACAAUGACACAGAAGGAGACCUAUUCAAGAAGUUACAGGUAUGACCUUUCUCCAAGUCCUAGUGUAAUUCAUUCACGGUCCUGGGCACGACACCCACAGGGUGUGCAGGAUUUCGAUCCAUCCUAGUACUAACACAAUUGAUUCACCUAAUCAAGGGCUUGAUCAUUAUUAUAGUUGAUUAGUCUAAUCAAGUAUGUUAGUAGUGGGCUAGAACAAAAGUCUGCACACCCUGUGGGUCCCAAGGACCUGGAUUGAAAAGCACUGCUUUAAGGCAAACAGGAUCAGUUUGAGCAAGGCGAGGCACAGAUUCGCUGAUCUUGAUCACAUAAUAAGUAGUAAUUUGGGAUGCAACGUGAUUUGUAGAUCGGUGAUUCUGUGCAAUCUGACUACAAUGUAGUUAGCCUCAAGCAUGUUUUUCUUCAUUUCCCAGCAUGCAGCAGAACUGGAACAGAAGCAAAAUGACACAGAGAAUAAGAAGCUGCUGGGAGAGGUGGUCAAGUACAGUAAUGUCAUCCAGGUAACGGCCAACUACAGCCAACUUCCCUUUCUUAUCAGAGACGAUCUCUCUGUUUGCUUUGUGCCCGUAACCUUGUGUAUGUUUUCACUUGGUCACCAAAAGGCUGCCUUUCUGUCUGUAGUCUGGCCUGUAGAGCCUCACAUUGCCAAUGAGGUGAUUUGACAGACUACAUUUUGAAUGGCACAUAGUAAAUUAAGCUUGUAUCAUUUCCAAUUUUCAGUUAACUGCAGGUUUGUUCCAUGUGGUUUCAUGAGGCUUGUGGCCUCUAACUCUGCUUAAAACCGUCGUAUUGAAGGAUUUCAAAGGAAUUAGUUUGGUCAGUUCCAGUCUCGCCACAUGAUUUGGCUGUUAAAAGAUAAGGCUUUUUCAUUUAGUGCUCUGUGUGCUUCUUUAAAGCUAAAGUCAAUUUGAAUGAUCUAUCCAGAAACGGGACUCUUUUAUAUGAUGAGAAUAGAAUUUGGGUAAUGUUCUGAUCCCUAAUACCAAGCAGAAACUAAAUUAAAAGGCUUUUGAAGUCAAUUCCAAAUAAAGUAUAGACAAAUUCUGAGCUCAUAACAAAUUGGUUUGAUGAUUGAAUAAAUUAGCCCUACAUCUCGCUUUAAUAAAGAUACCAAAUUCUAACGGUAACUGUUUCUUAGCAAUAAAUACAUGUGAUUGGUAAAUAUUAGAGUUAGGUGUUGGGGUGGGAUUUGAACCAGGGACCUUGUGUAUGACCUUGUGUUGUGAAUGAUGUGUCCUAGUGAAUUGGCUCCAUUUUAUUUUCACCUCAGCUUCUGCAUAUAAAAAGUAACAAGUACCUGACAGUGAACAAGCGUCUGCCGGCGCUGCUGGAGAAGAACGCCAUGCGUGUGUCUCUGGACCCAGCCGGCAAUGAGGGCUCCUGGUUCUACAUCCAGCCCUUCUGGAAGCUCCGCAGCGAGGGCGAUAAUGUAGGUACCUUUAGUGCUGAUCUUGGAUCUGUGUAGCUCAGUUGGUAGAGCAUGGCGCUUGCAACGCCAGGGUUGUGGGUUCGAUUUCCACGGGGGACCAGUAUGAAAAAUGUAUGCACUCACUAACUGUAAGUCACUCUGGAUAAGAGCGUCUGCUAAAUGACUAAAAUGUAAAUGUAAGUCCUCCCUGUCUAUAUAAUCUUAAUCAUUGUGAUCUGAAAAGCAAAACAUGAUCCUAGAUCAGCGCUCUUACUCUGAGACUCUUUAUGAAAAGGAGCUUGACCUAACUGUAACUACAGGCCACUGCUUUGAAGAUGCCCUAUAACUAGGGCCAGGAGUUUUUCCCGAACAAAAACUCCUAGCCCUACUUACCAUAGAUAUGUUAUGGCAUACCAAACCUCAUAAUGAACCUCAGUAUUGUUGAGAUGUUUAAGUUGUGAGAGGAUGUUUUUUUCUUUAAGGACUGUCUUAAUAUUGCAAAUGUCCUGUUUUAAUUACAUUGGUAUUAUGUCCAUGUCAAGGUAAUGUCUUCAUCCUGCUGAAAUAACUCGACUGGUUGUCUCCUUUCCUUUGCUUUAGCAUCCUAUGGUGGAAGGUAUUCUUCUUGUUUGAAGUGCAUGGUGUGUGUGUGUUUAGGCCAUGAGCAUUGCUGUGAAAGCAUGGUAGCACUAGCCUUGUAUGAGCAUUGAAAAACUUAAGUACGUGUUGGCAUUUCUACUACUCUUCUACAAUUUGCUAUUUUUUCCCUUAACUCUUAUUGACUAACAAGAUCUGGGAGAUUUAGAUUACAGCAAUGAUAUAGAUGCUUAGUUAUUGUAUUGGAAUUGCCUGCAUUUAAGUGAAACUCUUCUCUUGUCAUUUUGUUGAGUCUAUUUACAGUCUGUUUAUUAUGAUAUGUAUGUGGUUUGAAUGUAGAUGUUUGAGACUAUGGUGCAUACAGUACACUGCAUUCAGCAAUUCCCGCUACUAAAACACAUUACUGUAUAAAUGAAUGUCAAUGCGCUGUGUACACCCCACAGGCUACACUUCCUUCAUUGUACCAUGGUUUGUGCUCAUCUGCUAUUUAAAACGGCACACAGAAAAAGCCCAUCUCCCUGGCUUGCAUUGUUGUGGGGAAUGCUUAUCCCUAGAUAGAUGGUACACUUUGCAUGGGACAGGGUGUGACUGUGGACCUUUGCUGUUUGACGUGUGUCAGAUCCUCUCAUUCCUCUGUGCUGUGAUUUGCCUCAUUUAUAUGUGUGUUAUAUUUUAUUCUACUUAACUCUAUUUGUAAUAAUGUGUAUGCUAGUGUCUGACCUGUGUGGUUGGUCCCUAGGUGGUGGUGGGGGACAAGGUGGUCCUGAUGCCUGUGAACGCAGGGCAGCCUCUCCAUGCCAGCAACAUUGAGCUGUUAGACAACCCCGGCUGCAAGGAGGUAAGAUCCAUUGAACUGUUUGAUUAGAGCUAUAGUACUGAUUGACUAUGUAAAAAUAUACUGGAUACUAUGCAUGGCAAAACGGUGCAGAAGGAUGACGGCUAUGUUAUCUGUCCCAGCAUGCAAUCUCCAACAAUUCCUGCAUUGUUGUGUUUUUGAAGACUCCAAAAAAAGCUGCUGGUCAGCAGGUUUGUCUUCUAAGCGUGUAUGAUGAGAUGCGAGUUGCAGAAUUUCGAAUCCAGGCGGCAAUUCGAAUCUAGGCAUGUUUUUGUUUAGGCGUGUCUUUGUUUUCUAACCUUAUCCUAACCUUAACUACUUGCUAGUACACCUAAACUUACCCUAACCCCCAACCCUUACCUUAACCACUCGCUAGCAUGCCUUAACAAUAACCUUACCCUAACGUCUAACCCUAACCACUUGCUAAAUCAACUGUAUCAUAACAUGCGUUUGGAAACCUGCCUGGUUUUUGGUAUUAAGAACGUUAAGUCUAGUGGUAGCGCUGCAGACAACAGUCCACACAUACCCGCUGGUAACGGGGUUACGAAUGCCACCUCUGCCCCUACUCUGUCUCUCCCUCUACCUUCCGACUAUCACUGUCCAUAAAAAGACCCUUCCUGGUUGCAGAACUGGCAAAGUUGCAGGUAUGGGAAACCUGCUGACCAGCAGCUACACUACAUGACAAAGUAUGUACAGUCGUGGUCAAAAGUUUUGAGAAUGACACAAAUACUAAUUUUCACAAAGUCUGCUGCCUCAGUUUUGAUGAUGGCAAUAUGCAUAUACUCCAGAAUGUCAUGAAGAGUGAUCAGAUGAAUUGCAAUUAAUUGCAAAUCCCUCUUUGCCAUGAAAAUGAAUUUAAUCCCCCAAAAACUUUUCCACUGCAUUUCAGCCCUGCCACAAAAGGACCAGCUGCCAUCAUGUCAGUGAUUCUCUCGUUAACGCAAGGCUUGAGAUCACUGUCAUGCUGAUUGAGUUAGAAUAACAGACUGGUAGCUUUAAAAGGAGGGUGGUGCUUGAAAUCAUUGUUCUUCCUCUGUUAACCAUGGUUACCUGCAAGGAAACACAUGCCGUCAUCAUUGCUUUGCACAAAAAGGGCUUCACAGGCAAGGAUAUUGCUGCUAGUAAGAUUGCAUCUAAAUCAACCAUUUAUCGGAUCAUCAAGAACUUCAAGGAGAGAGGUUCAAUUGUUGUGAAGAAGGCAUUAGGGUGCCCAAGAAAGUCCAGCAAGCGCCAGGACCGUCUCCUAAAGUUGAUUCAGCUGCGGGAUCGUGGCACCACCAGUGCAGAGCUUGCUCAGGAAUGGCAGCAGGCAGGUAUGAGUGCAUCUGCACGCACAGUGAGGCGCCGACUUCUGGAGAGGAUGGCCUGGUGUCAAGAAGGGCAGCGAGGAAGCCACUUCUCUCCAGGAAAAACAUCAGGGACAGACUGAUAUUCUGCAAAAGGUACAGGGAUUGGACUGCUGAGGACUGGGGUAAAGUCAUUUUCUCUGAUGAAUCCCCUUUCCGUUUGUUUGGGGCAUCCGUAAAACACCUGGUCCGGAGAAGACAAGGUGAGCGCUACCAUCAGUCCUGUGUCAUGCCAACAGUAAAGCAUCCUGAGACCAUUCAUUUGUGGGGUUGCUUAUCAGCCAAGGGAGUGGGCUCACUCACAAUGUUUCCUAAGAACACAGCCAUGAAUAAAGAAUGGUACCAACACAUCCUCCGAGAGCAACUUCUCCCAACCAUCCAAGAACAGUUUGGUGACGACCAAUGCCUUUUCCAGCAUGAUGGAGCACCUUGCCAUAAGGCAAAAGUGAUAACUAAGUGGCUCAGGAAAACAAAACAUCGACAUUUUGGGUCCAUGGCCAGGAAACUCCCCAGGCCUUAAUCCCAUUGAGAACUUGUGGUCAAUCCUCAAGAGGCGGGUGGACAAACAAAAACCCACAAAUUCGGACAAACUCCAAGCAUUGAUUAUGCAAGAAUGGGCUGCCAUCAGUCAGGAUGUGGCCCAGAAGUUAAUUGACAGCAUGCCAGGGCGGAUUGCAGAGGUCUUGAAAAAGAAUGGUCAACCCUGUAAAUAUUGACUCUUUGCAUAAACUUAGUCUUAGUCAGUAAAAGCCUUUGACACUUAUGGAAUGCUUGUAAUUAUACUUCAGUAUACCAUAGUAACAUCUGACAAAAAUAUCUCAUAACACUGAAGCAGCAAACUUUGUGAAGACCAAUACUUGUGUCAUUCUCAAAACUUUUGACCACAACUGUAGAUACCUGCUCGUCGAACAUCUCAUUCGAAAAAAUCAUGGUCAUUAGUAUGGAGUGGGUCCCCCCUUUUGCUGCUAUAACAGCUUCCACUCUUCUGCGAAGGCUUUCCACUAGAUGUUGGAACAUUGCUGCGGGGACUUGCUUCCAUUCAGCCACGAGCAUUAGUGAGGUCGGGCACUGAUGUUGGGGGAUUAGGCCUGGCUCGCAGUCGGCGUUCCAAUUCAUCCCAAAGGUGUUCGAUGGGGUUGAGGUCAGGGCUCUGUGCAGGCCAGUCAAGAUCUUCCACAUCGAUUUUGACAAACCAGUUUCUGUAUGGACCUCGCUUUGUGCACUGGGGCAUUGUCAUGCUGAAACAGGAAAUGGCCUUCCCCAAACUGUUGCCACAAAGUUGGAAGCACAGAAUUAUCUAGAAUGUCAUUGUAUGUUGUAGUGUUAAGAUUUCUCUUCACUGGAACUAAGUGGCCUAGACCGAACCAUGAAAAACAGCCCCAGACCAUUAUUCCUCCUCCACCAAACUUUACAGUUGGUAGGUAGCGUUCUCCUGUCAUCUGCCAAACCCAGAGUCGUCCGUCAGAUUGCCAGAUGGUGAAGCGUGAUUCAUCACUCCAGAGAACGCGUUUCCAAUGGUAGCGAGCUUUACACCACUACAGCCGACGCAUGGCAUUGCGCAUGGUGAUCUUAGGCUUGUGCGGCUGCUCGGCCAUGGAAACACAUUUCAUGAAGCUCCCGACAAACAGCUUUUGUGCUGAUAUUGCUUCCAGAGGCAGUUUGGAACUCGGUAGUGAGUGUUGCAACUGAGGACAGACGGUUUUUACGCUCUACGCACUUCAGCACUCGGUUGUCCCGUUCUGUGAGCUUGUGUGGCCUACCACUUUGCGGCUGAGCCGUUGUUGCUCCUAGACGUUUCCACUUCACAAUAACAGCACUUACAGUUGACCGGAGCAGCUCUAGCAGGGCAGAAAUUUGACGAACUGACUUCUUGGAAAGGUGGCAUCCUAUGACGGUGCCACGUUGAAAAUCACAGAGCUCUUCGGUAAGGCCAUUCUACUGCCAAUGUUUUUCUAUGGAGAUUGCAUGGCUGUAUACUCGAUUUUAUACACCUGUCAGCAAGGGGUGUGGCUGAAAUAGCCAAAUCCACUAAUUUGAAGGUGUGUCCACAUACUUUUGUGUGUAUAGUGUAUCUGAGGCUCUGCAAAGAUGUGUGUAGUCAUGACAGUCUGUGGGUCUUUCCUGCUCCUCUCCUUGGUUGAACUGUAGGUGAACGCUGUGAACUGCAACACCAGCUGGAAGGUCACUCUGUUCAUGAAGUUCAGUGACUACAGAGAGGACGUCCUCAAAGGAGUGAGUGUUCUUUUUCAUCUUACCUAAAUGCUUCCCAUCACUGCCUACCUUUUUAUGCAGAGGGUUGUACAGUAUACACAGUGUGUUGAUUGGUGCUCUCUGCUUGCACACCCACAUUUAGGCAACAAAUGUUUGAUUUACAAAUAGUUAUAGCAUCAUUAUACCAUUUUUGCUCAGUUUAUAAGAGCUCACUCAAAUAAUGUGUUCAUUUAAUCUAAGUGUUUCUUUUCAGUUCCUUAGCCCAAACAGCUAAACCAUGCUGUCGUCUCUCUCUUGGUCAGGGUGAUGUGGUGCGUCUGUUCCACGCCGAGCAGGAGAAGUUCCUGACAUGUGACGAGUACAGGAAUCAGCAGCACAUCUUCCUCAGGACUACCCUGCGACAGUCUGCUACCUCCGCCACCAGUUCCAAAGCACUCUGGGAAAUAGAGGUACCUGCACAAUGAUUGCGUCCCAUUUCUCCCAAAGUGCACUCCUCCCCACACAUGUAUUAGUGUGGGUUAGAGGGAGUUUCCACCAUAUUUCUUACAGCAUUCCUUUUCCAUUUAAAUCAACAAAGACAAUUGAACAAGUGCAUACUUAGGACAUAGAAUUGAGACAGAGCGAGAAGUACUUUGUCUGCUCUGAAUUUAGCUCUUGAUAUGGUAGGACGAGUAGAAACACCUAUUUUGAAUAGGCAGUAUCACAGAGGGAGAUUUAAACGAGUGUCUUCCUCUUGAACAAAUACAUGAAAUCAUACAUCGUAGUGUUAUGAAUUGGCUGACUAGUGAUGACCGUUAUCGGCCAUUGUGAGUGGUUUUGUGGGAGCUUUCUGGUAUGAUUGAUUAUGAUUUGUGUUUUUAAAUGUGUUUCUCCAUUGUAGGUUGUGCACUACGACCCCUGCAGAGGGGGUGCCGGCCAGUGGAACAGCCUGUUUCGCUUCAAACACCUGGCCACUGGGAACUACCUGGCAGCAGAGGUAGGCUGUUAAUUUCUCUUCGCUCGCUCGCUCACUCGCACACACAGGCUUAGGCGGUAUCCAGAUUGUCACCUUCAUGCCGACCUUGUGCCAUCCUGGAUAUUCGGUAAUACCGGCACUGAACACAAGGGUCGCUGUUUUUCAAACCCCACUGAGCCACUGUAAUCCGAAGGUUAGCAAUGCUAACAAGUACAUGUCAAAUCCCAUAGAGAAUGCUCAUGAGCGCAUUGCGAAUUUUCUUAUACAGUCUGACCUGAACUAUUUGCAGGACAGACAUCCCAGCUCAUAAAGUUAUACAAUUAACUCAAAAAUGCUACUCACAGUUUGCUGCACGCACAAAACAAAUAUUAGACAGCAAGGCUAUUGAUCCAGGAGGGGAUUCUCUGCUGUUACCAAGCAAAGUUUGAUUUUGGAAGAAGCUAACCAUUUGGAUAGAUGGCUAACUAGCUACUAAAUUAGCAAGCUAAAUGCGCAACUGCAGAGCUUUUAGCACAUUUUAGACUGUUAACUUAAUAGUUCUAAGAGAUCCAGCUGGCAAACAUUUAGUUGUGAAUUCCAUACUGUAACUAGAUCACCUGACUCGUGCUGCACAACACUGAGUGACUCACAAGGCUCCGGUCUCUCGUCGCUGUGUGCUUGUAAACAAACACCAUGUGACUGGGGACUGACUACCUGUAAGCUUCAGAAUGAAAAAUUAUGUGACAAGUGAAAUGAAGAACGCAAUGUUCUUUAUCUCCUAAUGUAUUGCACAAGUUGAUGGCAGGUAUUUCAUUUAAAAGUAGCUACAAAUAUUGAAAUGUAUUAAAAAAACUUUAAAGAAAUAGAUUUGACGGUAUUGAAAAACCAUCCCAUGGCUAUUUCCAAAUACCCCGGUAUAAGGUAUACUUCCUACGUAAAGACUAACCAUGAAUUACUCAUCAGUAAUACAGGAUGUUGUUCACGUACAUUACUUUCCUAUCACAUGUACAUUGCUUUCUUUAUCACAUCACAUGAUAUUUGACAAAAUACGUGGAAUUAUUCAAAUGACCGACAUUACCAACCCUUGUUCGAUUUUUUUUCUGACUUGACUGAUUGCCAGUGUAUGGGUGUUUUCAACUCGGGUUAACAUCCUGUCACUACUAGUUAAUAAUGCCUACCUUACAUGGAACUGAGAGAUGCCAAUACACCACAAUGGAGCACUCAGUCUCUGUACCGUCUCUGUACUGUCUCUUAUGUCAGUCCUCGCAGUGGUCAGGCUGUGAGGGUGCUGAUCUAGGAUCAGGUCCUCCCUGUCAAUAUCAUCUUAUUCAAUAUGAUCUGGUCCUCUGUAGCUCAGCUGGUAGAGCACAGCGCUUGUAACACCAAGGUAGUGGGUUCAAUCCCCGGGACCACCCAUACACAAAACAAUUAUGCACGCAUGACUGUAAGUCGCUUUGGAUAAAAGCGUCUGCUAAAUGGCUUAUUAUUAUUAUGAUUAUUAUUAUUAUUAUUAUAUUAUCUGAAAGUUAACACUGAUCAGCACUGAAUACUGUUUGUACUUUGUGUGCUCUACUGAUUACUCAUGUAUGGCAUGAAAACUAUAGUCAGAGUUGUGAUUUGGCUAGGCCUCUAGCUACAGACUGUGUUUAUGUACAUUAUACAUCUGGGAGAAGGCUAGUAGUGAGAGGUGAGCAGAUGUUGAUGUUCCAGAUGUGCUGUAGAUGGCAGUGUUCCCAUUGUUAUGGCCCUCUCUCUGCAAUGUCCUGUAUUGUGUUGUACAGGUGCAGCACUGCAAGAAGAAUUCCCCAAAGGGGAUAAGAAAGUUGAUCAAAUCAGUCAACUUAAUCACAAUCAACAAUAUGUUCUUCUAGAAUAGUUUCUCAGACAAUGGUGUGCAGUGUGUGUGGGUCUGAGUUUCUUCUCUUCCUAUAGAUUAAUCCUGAUUUCCGGGAUGAGAGUGUGGAUUCUAAAACAGAGGUGAGUCAGGUCAGUGAUACACUAUUCAUGUUUUCAGAUUCCUGUCUGAUGGACCUUAGUCUGGACCUCAGGUCCACUGAUUUUAACAUGGUAUACUGUGCAUUCGGAAAGUAUUCAGACCCCUUGAUUUCUUUGACAUUUUGUUACGUUACAGCCUUAUUCUAAAAUUGAUUAAAUAAAACAACUUCCCCUCAUUAAUCUACACACAAUACCCCAUAAUGACAAAGCGAAAACAGGUUUUUAGGAAAUUUAGCAAAUGUAUAAAAAAAUACCUUAUUUACAUAUAUUCAGACCCUUUGCUAUGAGACUCGAAAUUGAGCUUUGGUGCAUCCUGUUUCCAUUGAUCAUCCUUGAGAUGUUUCUACAACUUGUUUGGAGUCCACCUGUGGUAAAUUCAAUUGAUUGGACAUGAUUUGGAAAGACACUCACCUGUCUAUAUAAGGUCCCACAGUUGACAGUGCAUGUCAGAGCAAAAACCAAGCCACAUGAUUGUGUCGAGGCACAGAUCUGUGGAAGGGUACAAAAAAAUGUCUGCAACAUUGAAGGUCCCCAAGAACACAGUGGCCUCCAUCAUUCUUAAAUGGAAGAAGCUUGGAACCUCCAAGACUCUUCAUAGAGCUGGCCACCUGGCCAAACUGAGCAAUCGGGGGAGAAGGGCCUUGGUCAGGGAGGUGACCAAGAACCCGAUGGUCACUCUGACAGAGCUCCAGAGUUUCCAGAAGGACAACCAUCUCUGCAGCACUCCACCAAUCAGGCCUUUAUAGUAGAGUGGCCAGACGGAAGCCACUCCUCCUGUAAAAGGCACAUGUCAGCCCGCUUGGAGUUUGCCAAAAGGCAUCUAAAGGACUCUCAGACCAUGAGAAACAAGAUUCUCUGGUCUGAUGAAACCAAGAUUAAACUCUUUGGCCUAAAUGCCAAGUGUCACGUCUGGAGGAAACCAGGCACCGCUCAUCACCUCGCCAAUACCAUCCCUACGGUGAAGCAUGGUGGUGGCAGCAUCAUGCUGUGGGGAUGUUUUUCAGUAGCAGGGACUGGGAGACUAUUCAGGAUAGAGGGAAAGAUGAACGGAGCAAAGCACAGAGAGAUCCUUGAUGAUAACCUGCUCCAGACCGCUCAGGACCUCAGACUGGGGCGAAGGUUCACCUUCCAACAGGACAAAGACCCUAAGCACACAGCCAAGACAAUGCAGCAGUGGCAUUGGGACAAGUCUCUGAAUGUCCUUGAGUGGCCCAGCCAGAGCCCGGACUUGAACCCGAUCGAACAUCUCUGGAGAGACCUGAAAAUAGCUGUGCAGCGACGCUCCCAAUCCAACCUGACAGAGCUUGAGAGGAUCUGCAGAGAAGAAUGGGAGAAACUCCUCAAAUACAGGUGUGCCAAGCUUGUAGCGUCAUAGCCAAGAAGACUCGAGGCUGUAUUCGCUGCCAAAGGUGCUUCAACAAAGUACUGAGUAAAGGGUCUGAAUAGCUGUUUUUGCUUAGUCAUUACGGGGUAUUGUGUUUAGAUUGAUCAGGAAAAAAAACACAUUUAAUCCAAUUUAGAGUAAGGCUGUAACGUAACAAAAUGUGGAAAAAGUGAAGGGGGGUCUAUGAGUAUUCUGCUAUGUGUGAUGUUUACUUAAUGAUAAUGAAGGUCAUUCAAUAGAUUGUUUAGAGCAGUUGAACAACGCAUGACAACGGUCUCUCCUAGAAAAUCAAAUACAAACAGUACUGCAUAAAGGGUAGAUCAAAAGCUUAUGGACCUGUGAAUCCUCUACAAACAGUGUGUUACUGCUAAGAGAGCAACUCUGCGUGUGUGUGUUUCUCUGCAGUGGUAGAGGGAGUGUGCCUGUCAAACACUGGGCCUCCUGCCGGGGCACCUUGUUCUCUCACACCACCUCAAACUCCUAUUACACAAUCCUCUCUCACACUCACCAGCAAGAACAUAUGCUUCUGCUCACGUGCACUCUCUCUCUUUCUUCCUUUCUUCUCUCUCUCGCUCACUUUAGACUUUAUCUCACUCACUCACCCACUCUCACAUGCGAACACACACACACACACACACACUCACACACAAUGUACAAAACGUAUUUCCAGACAGCUUUUUUCUGCACAAAGCUACCUUCUGCAUUGGUAUUCUGCCUCCGCAAGGAGCACUCGCGCGCGCACACAGUCGGCUCAGACGCUCAGGGGGCUCCUUACAUAAAGUCUGGGUGUGGGGGUGCCUUGUGAGAGAGGGAGGGGAGACAGACGUGCUGUCUGCUCUGCUGUUAUAUGCUGCUGGAUGGAGUGAGUCACCAGAGGAAAGGAAAGGAGAGUGGAGGAGAGGAGAGGAGAGGUGCGGAGACACGGGGGCGGCUCAGAGGAGCUGCUUCCCAUUGACAUGCAGAGAGCGCUGCAGCGGUUAACCCUCUCAGUACUGUCUGAUUAUCUGUCUGCAGCAUCCACACAGUGCAGUCCAAACCUCAUCCACAGUCUCAUUGUUAUUACGUAAGCUGCCAUAGUUUUUUUUCUCAGUGCUAUGGAUCUGUGGCACAGGCUUAUUGAUAUUAGCAUUGAGAAUGGUAGUUGUAAGAACUUUGGUAUUCUCCUCCUUGUGUGUGUCUGUGUUAUCUGUCUGUCUGCAGACGGAGAUGGAUACAGUGUACUCCCAGAGGAAGCGUCAGGCUGCAGAGAAGAUAGCCUACACCCUGGUGUCUGUGCCCCAUGGCAACGACAUCGCCUCUCUGUUUGAGCUGGACGCCACCACACUGCAGAGGGUUGACUGUCUGGUGCCCAGGUCAGACUGGCCCCUAAAACACACUUAAGAUAUCUAAAACACUUCGAACACUUUUAAAGGACUCUUGGAAGAGAUCUCAAUUACAGCCUAAUUAACUAUAAACACACUUAAAACACACUUUGCCUUCCCUCAGGAACUCGUACGUACGGCUGAGACACCUGUGUACCAACACCUGGGUGACUAGCGCCAACUUUCCCAUCGACACUGAGGAGGAGCGCCCCGUCAUGCUCAAGGUCCCACAUUACCCCCCUGCUUUUUAAGUUUUUUUGUGCAUCAAAACUCACUUAUCGCAACGUAGUCACAAACUCCUCCCCCCAACUUUUCCCCAUUGUCAAUUACUAUUAGAAAUAGGGUUUGUUGUGGAGUAUGGAAGGAUUGUGCUUGAGUCUGUUGGCUAAAACUGAAUGCCCUCUACACACAGAUUGGCACGUGCCUUACGAAGGAGGACAAGGAGGCAUUUGCCAUUGUCUCUGUGCCCCUGUCUGAGGUCCGAGACCUGGACUUUGCUAACGAUGCCAACAAGGUCCUGGAGUCGACCGUGAGGCAGCUGCAGAACGGCAACAUUGCUCAGAACGAUAGGAGGUACAGAACAGUCUAGCCCUAUAUAGGACGCUGCUCAGAACGAUAGGAGGUACAGAACAGUCUAGCCCUAUAUAGGACGCUGCUCAGAAUGAUAGGAGGUACAGAACAGUCUAGCCCUAUAUAGGACGCUGCUCAGAACGAUAGGAGGUACAGAACAGUCUAGCCCUAUAUAGGACGCUGCUCAGAACGAUAGGAGGUACAGAACAGUCUAGCCCUAUAUAGGACGCUGCUCAGAACGAUAGGAGGUACAGAACAGUCUAGCCCUAUAUAGGACGCUGCUCAGAAUGAUAGGAGGUACAGAACAGUCUAGCCCUAUAUAGGACGCUGCUCAGAACGAUAGGAGGUACAGAACAGUCUAGCCCUAUAUAGGACGCUGCUCAGAACGAUAGGAGGUACAGAACAGUCUAGCCCUAUAUAGGACGCUGCCAGAAUGAUAGGAGGUACAGAACAGUCUAGCCCUAUAUAGGACGCUGCUCAGAAUGAUAGGAGGUACAGAACAGUCUAGCCCUAUAUAGGACGCUGCUCAGAACGAUAGGAGGUACAGAACAGUCUAGCCCUAUAUAGGACGCUGCUUCAAAUGAACAGGUACAGAACAGUCUAGCCCUAUAUAGGACGCUGCUCAGAAUGACAGGAGGUACAGAACAUCUAGCCCUAUAUAGGACGCUGCUCAGAACGAUAGGAGGUACAGAACAGUCUAGCCCUAUAUAGGACGUGCUCAGAACGAUAGGAGGUACAGAACAGUCUAGCCCUAUAUAGGACGCUGCUCAGAACGAUAGGAGUACAGAACAGUCUACUUUGCUCCAAUAUAGGACGCUGCCCUAUAGAUGCUCACGUGAGGUACAGAACAGUCUAGCCCUAUAUAGGACGCUGCUCAGAAGAUAGGAGGUACAGAACAGUCUAGCCCUAUAUAGGACGCUGCUCAACUAGGAGGUACAGACAGUCUAGCCUAUAUAGGACGCUGCUCAGAAUGAUAGGGUACAGAACAGUCUAGCCCUAUAUAGGACCUGCCAGAAUGAUAGGAGGUACAGAACAGUCUAGCCCUAUAAGACGCUGCUCAGAAGAUGAGGUACAAACAGUCUAGCCCUUAUAGACGCUGCUCAGAAGAUGGAGUACAGAAAAGUCUAGCCCUAUAUAGGACGCUGCUCAAAUGAUGGAGGUACAGAACAUCUAGCCCUAUAUAGGACGCUGCUCAGAACGUAGAGGUACAGAACAGUCUAGCCCUAUAUAGGACGCUGCUCAGAGAUAGGAGGUACAGAACAGUCUAGCCUAUAUAGGACGCUGCUCAGAAUGAAGGAGGUACAGAACAGUCUAGCCCUAUAUAGGACGCUGCUCAGAAGAUAGGAGUACAGAACAGUCUAGCCUAUAUAGGACGAUGCUCAGAACGAUAGGAGGUACAGAACAGUCUAGCCCUAUAUAGGACGUGCUCAGAACGAUAGGAGGUACAGAACAGUCUAGCCUAUAUAGGACGCUGCUCAGAAGAUAGGAGUACAGAACAGUCUAGCCCUAUAUAGGACCUGCUCAAAGAUAGGAGGUACAGACAGUCUAGCCCUAUAUAGACGCUGCUCAGAAGAUAGGAGGUACAGAACAGUCUAGCCUAUAUAGACGCUGCUCAGAAGAUAGGAGUACAGAACAGUCUAGCCCUAUAUAGGACGCUAAUAAAAUAGCUUAGACUGCUAAAAUAGGGUACAGAACAGUCUAGCCCUAUAUAGGACGCUGCUCAGAAUGACAGGAGGUACAGAACAGUCUAGCCCUAUAUAGGACGCUGCUCAGAAUGAUAGGAGGUACAGAACAGUCUAGCCCUAUAUAGGACGCUGCUCAGAAUGAUAGGAGGUACAGAACAGUCUAGCCCUAUAUAGGACGCUGCUCAGAAUGAUAGGAGGUACAGAACAGUCUAGCCCUAUAUAGGACGUGCUCAGAAUGAUAGGAGGUACAGAACAGUCUAGCCCUAUAUAGGAUCGUGCUCAGAAUGAUAGGAGGUACAGAACAGUCUAGCCCUAUAUAGGACGCUGCUCAGAAGAUAGGAGGUACAGAACAGUCUAGCCCUAUAUAGGACGCUGCUCAGAAUGAUAGGAGGUACAGAACAGUCUAGCCCUAUAUAGGACGCUGCUCAGAACGAUAGGAGGUACAGAACAGUCUAGCCCUAUAUAGAACGCUGCUCAGAACGAUAGGAGGUACAGAACAGUCUAGCCCUAUAUAGGACGCUGCUCAGAAUGAUAGGAGGUACAGAACAAUCUAGCCCUAUAUAGGACGCUGCUCAGAACGAUAGGAGGUACAGAACAGUCUAGCCCUAUAUAGGACGCUGCUCAGAACGAUAAUCCUUUUACUGAAGGAAUAUCUAUAAUCCGUAACUCCUUCUCCGUCCAUCCAGAUUGUAUAAUGUGUGGAUAUCUGUGAAGAAACCAUAUGAGCCUAACUUUUCUCCAAACUGGCACCUAUAACUCAGCUGUAGUAGACAGCACGAAAGACACUCUUCCGCAAAGCCUACCACUGUUUUCCCCAGCCGAGUUAUACUGUAGGUGCCGGUUUGGAGAAAAGUUAGGCUCAUAUGGUUUCUUUACAGAUAUCUACACAUUAUACAAUCUGGAUGGAUUGGACAAGUACCCCCCUAAAACAUUUUCAGGCUCCACAUUCUAACCGUCUAGGACAACCAUGCUCCAAGACAUCCUGUCUGUGUCUGAAAAUGUUACUAGACGUCAAAUCCUUGCUUCCUCUUUUAUUGUUUCCGCCAAUCGCCUUUCUUAAAGCGCAUUGGAUGUCGGAGGGGAGGGACUUUGGAUCCUCUCCUUCCUUGCUUUGAGAUGGAGCAGAAUCUGAGAAUUAAGAAAAUGGGGACGGAGAAAGCAAUUAUUUGACGGCUAGUAACGAUUUUAGACAGAGCAAUGCAAUUGAAAAUAGCUCCUGAGUACAAUACAUGUGAUAGCCCUACAAUCAGUUUAGGAGGGACAGUAUGCCCCCUAGUGACACAUCCGAGGUUUACAUUGUGUAUUUGGUUUAUUUAGAAUACUAUGUGAUCCAAUCAGGUUUAAAUGAGUCUCCGUUUUAAUUUCCUCAUUCCCUGUGGCUGCUCUAUGUCCACAACAACUGUGGCUCUCAGACAGACAAUCUGUUCUGUGUACUACUGUCAUAUCCACCAAUGUUCUUCUCCUGCUAACCAUAAAACAUACUUUCAGACUGCUGAAGCAAGUGUACCAAUGCUCUUUUACGGGCCCAUGUUUCCCAGGUUUGUGACCAAGCUGUUAGAGGAUCUGAUCUUCUUUGUGUGCGAGGUCCCCAACAACGGUCAGGACGUACUGUCUGUGGUCAUCUCCAACCCAAACAGAGAGAGGCAGAAACUAAUGAGGGAACAGAACAUUCUAGCCCAGGUCAGCUCAAUCAUACACUCACACACACUCUCCCAGAAUAUUACCUAAACAAGUCUAGCUUUGGUCUUGCUUCUGCUUUGGCCAGUUCCUGUAUUGUCUGUCGUUGUCUUAACAAAUAUAUUGGGUAAUGAUGGCAAAGAGAAGCAUGCAGACCUUGAUCUCUUUUUCUUCAUUGACCAGUUUAGAUUUACAUCUACAACAGCUGUUAAAUUGAACAACAACUGUGCAGAUUUCUUUUGACGUCAUAGACAUAUUGACUAAUGCAGAAGCAGACUGGCACGCAAGCUAGAGGAAGGUGAAUUCCACUCUCUCUUCCUCAUGGUCAUUACACUGUGAUUUAUGGGGAUUAGAGUGCAGAGAGUAGGCGGUCCAUCUGAUAGCAGUAAUUAAAGGGAGCAAUAACUCAAGUCCAUUAUGCCAAAGGCUAUGCUAAUAGCAUUGUCAUAGCAUUGUUAGCACUAAUGAUGCUGGCAGUGGUCAUUAUCAGAAUUAGGGAGGAUACAGACAACAUCAACAAAAUCUCCUUUUGAGGUGCAAUUGCUUUGGCAUCAACAAGUUAUCGUUUCAUAAUCGUGUAACCUCUGAAAUGCCUCUUUCUCUCUCACACUGUGUCUGUCUCCAGAUUUUUGGUAUUCUGAAGGCCCCAUUCACAGACCUGGGGGAGGGUCCCAUGCUGAAGCUGGAGGACUUGGGGGACCAGCGCUACGCUCCCUUUAAGUACAUGCUGCGGCUGUGCUACCGAGUGUUGCGCCACUCCCAACAAGACUACCGCAAGAAUCAGGUUAGUAGUCCUCCCUAGUUGUCCUCAAAACCUACCUUCCUUGGUCAAUAAAUUCAGUGACUAUAGUACCAUACUAGUGUAUGGAUUUGUGUUAGCAUAUCUCAGAACUCAUCAUUAGUUAAUGCAGUCACAUGAAUGUGAGAGAUGAAAAUCCUUUGUUGUGUUUUGGUUAAUGUAGCUCAAGUAGAAAUAGAAUACCAUGUCUGUCAUUUAAAGUAUGCCCAUGAGGGUGAAGUCAAAUUGUUGUGGUCUGAGGUGCUUUCCCAUUCUAGUAGUUCCAGCGCUAUGCUCUUAACCCUGCUAUCCCACUAGAACAUAUGUAUUCCUGUGAUGGUAUCGAUUGCGAUUAACUGGUCUCAUUCUGCCCUCCAGGAGUACAUAGCCAAGAAGUUCUCCAUCAUGCAGUCUCAGAUCGGUUACGAGAUCCUGGCUGAGGACACCAUCACUGCCCUGCUCCACAACAACCGCAAGCUGCUGGAGAAACACAUCACAGCCAAGGAGAUCGAGACCUUCGUCAAUCUGCUGCGACGCAACCGAGAGCCCAGGUCAGGGCAGAGCAGGGAGGAGGGAUGUGCUAUACAUAACACACAUUAUAACAUGCAUAUGACACAAAAACACAUUUGAUCCACAAUGAUCCCAACGUUUGGGUUAGAUAUACAAACUGGGGCUAUAACGCACAAUGUGCCAAAAAAAUAAGUAUAAUACUGUAUAUUUGUGUUGCCUAUGGUUGCGAGAUAUUUUAAAGCCACUGUACUGGGUUCAAAGUCUUUGAGCAGAUUUAGUCCAAUAAGUUUGGUUGUCCUCUGUCUUCCUAUCAGGUUUCUGGACUACCUGUCAGACCUGUGUGUGUCCAAUAAGACGGCCAUCCCAGUGACACAGGAGCUCAUCUGUAAAUUCAUGCUGAACCCCGCCAACGCUGAAAUCCUCAUCCAGACCAAGUGAGUCACACACACAAACACCCUGUUCUCUCUACCUAACACUGUAGUGCAGGUGAAGUCUGUUCAGAAUCAGCUUCUCAGAUUGGGGACUGUUACCUGUCUUUUUACUGUGCAAUGGGCAUGACUCUGUUAAACACUAAUUCACAUUCAGCUGGCACAUCUGUAUAAAAAGACAGCUUGGAUGAAUAUCAGUUAGCUAGUGUAUGCAGAAUUGUACACAGUUCAAAUAUAGUACAGUAUAGUACAUAGUAGGCACUAAGUAUCCAGGCAAGGUGUUCAGAUGUAAGCAGCGAAGAGAAUUGGCAGAUUAUGCAUGUAGUACAAGCUGCAGAAAGAAUGCUCUGUAUUGCGCUUCAUCUCCUUUGGCCAUCUUCCACCCCUCUCCCCCUCCCCCCCAGGCUCAUCCCCAACAUGGAUACAACCCUGCAGUCGUCCGUGCUGCAGGAGGACACCGAGGAGGACGAGGAGGUGUGGCUCUACUGGAUUGACAGCCACAAGGAGCCACACGGCAAGUCCAUCCGCCACCUGGCCCAGGACGCCAAGGGCAACCACAAGCUGGACAACGACGUCAUCACCUACUACAGGUACUAGACAGCUACUGCAGCAGGGCGUUCUGGGAAUCUUUAUUAGACACAAGUGCCGAAACAUUGGUUCUCCAAUUUAUUUAUGUAUCAAGUAUUCAUGGUCCUUUAGUCUAGUCUAUAAUAUAAUAAUAAUAAUAAUAAUAUGCCAUUUAGUAGACGCUUUUAUCCAAAGCGACUUACAGUCAUGUGCGCAUACAUUUUUACGUAUGGGUGGUCCCGGGGAUCGAACCCACUACCCUGGCGUUACAAGCGCCAUGCUCUACCAAUUGAGCUACCACCUUGUCAACCAUUUGGGUAUGCGUUUUCAGCUCCUACUUUGUGAAUAAAUAAUGAGUCCCACUUUUUUCCUUACCAUUGAUUGAUUGAAACACAUUUACUGUCACAGUUCAACAACUGGCUGGCCGUAUUUGGCCCAGGGUUAUUUUAUUUGGCCUCAAGUUUUCUGAGCAAAAAAAAUGUUUUAAUUGUUGGACCAGCAAAUCAGCUCCAAGUGAUUUUUAAUUUUGGAAAUCUGUUCCAAAGUAUUCCCACGCAUAAUAGAGAGAUGUGAUCGUAUACAAAUGUAAGCAAGGUGUGAAAUUAUUGUUUUAGUCAAAUAUUAUAUCUGUUUGGGCUUUUUGCGGUCAAUUUGCUGUCUACAAAUUAUUUGUAAUUAUGUUCUGCCCCCCUGACAAUCCACUCUAGUAGAAAUAGGCUAUAUCUAGUUGAUGAUCCCUAUACUACAGUAUGUCAUAUUUCUAUGGGACUUAUGAGUGUGCAGGCGCUAUUCCUUUUACAUUUCUAUGGCACCUCUUCUCCAUCUAUUUCCUCUCUAUCUCCCCCAUCCACCUUCCAGAUACCAGCUCAACCUGUUUGCCAAGAUGUGUCUGGACCGCCAGUACUUGGCUAUCAACCAGGUGUCCAGCCAGCUGCCUGUGGACCUGAUCCUGCGCUGCAUGUUUGACGACUACCUGCCCUACAACUUGCGAGCCUCCUUCUGCCGCCUCAUGCUGCACAUGCACGUGAACCGCGAGCCCCAGGAGGCCGUGGUGGCCGUGCGCUACGCCCGCCUCUGGACCGAGAUCCCCUCCAAGAUCACCAUCCACGAGUGAGUGUGUUUAUGUGUGGCUUUGGGAUCUGUGGAUCUGGCAAUAACGUAUCUGUAACUGGCACACCACCUGAAAGAAAAUGACCUCUGGGUAGAGAAUCAUCGCAGAUUAAUUGCAUCUUCAGUUUGCUACAUUUUUUAAUGCAUGUAGGUAGCGACAGCACUUUCUUUUCUCUACAGAAUCAUUGCAGUCAGAUUUUCUAGGCUGAAGGUCUAUUUCACAGUUUUAAACAACUUGAACAAGUGAUUUCUCUGUUCAUUCGUUUCUCAUGUAAAGACUAGAGUUGCUAUGCUAUACCAUAACUAUCCUCUAUAACUGUCACCCAGGUAUGAGUAUGAGUUCACUGACACCUCCAGAGAGGAGAUGAAGAGGAAGUUUGCCCCCACCAUGGAGUUUGUAGAGGAAUACCUCAAGGACGUGGUCAGCCAGCCUUUUCCCUUUGGAGACGAAGAGAAGAAUGAACUGACUCUGGAGGUAAAAGAUGGUACACAACUAUUUGUGUGAUUGGUUGUAAUCCAAACUAUGGAUAUAGACAUGCUCACUUUCUUUUUUUGUGUUUUUCACAAUACAUUUUACAAUACAACACCACAUACACAAUAAUACAACUCUUACAACAGUCGUUCUCCCACCCCACCCAGUGGUGACCACCCUACCCAUCACAAAGAUGGUGAUAGACAUGAUUACUUUCUGAUUUUCAAGUUGUCUAACUCUGGUCUCUGUGGGGAAAUCCUCAUCCCUCUCAUCUCCUGUCCUGUAGGUGGUGCACCUGGCCCGUAACCUGGUUUAUUUUGGCUUCUACAGCUUCAGUGAGCUGCUGCGUCUCACGCGCACCCUGCUGGCCAUCCUGGACUUUGUCCAGCACCCACUCACCUACAUGGCCGAGCUCAGCAAGAGCCCCGAGGCAGGUCAGUCACACAGAGAAUGAAUGAGUGAAUUAAUUAAUGGAUUAAAACAUCUAAUUAAAACACAAAACUAUUUAUUUGUUUACCAUGUUUAUUAAGCAUGCACAUUUCAUAUUGAUUAAUACAAUAUAGAUAGGUAUAUGACAUGGUACAUCAGUAGAUAUGUUAUAUGAGUACACUGAACAAAAUUAUAAACGCAACAUUUUCAAUGAUUUUACUGAGUUACAGUUCAUAUAAGAACAUCAGUCAAUUGAAAUAAAUUCAUUAGGCCCUAAUCUAUGGAUUUCACAUGACUGGGCAGGGUUGCAGCCGUGGGUAGGCCUUGGAUGGCAUAGGCCCACCCACUUGGCAGCCAGGCCCAGCCAAUCAGAAUGAGUUUAUCCCCACAAAAGGGCUUUACAUUAACAUUUUAGUCAUUUAGCAGACGCUAUUAUCACACAGACAUAAAUACUUCUCAGGACCCCCUCACACCCCCUAAGAUGAUACCGCAGGUGAAGAAGCCGUAUGUGGAGGUCCUGGACUGGCGUGGUUACACGUGGUCUGUGGUUUUGAGGCCGGUUAGGCGUACUGCAAAAUUCUCUAAAACAACGUUGGAGGCGGCUUAUGGUAGAGAAAUGAACAUUAAAUUAUCUGGCAACAGCUGUGGGGGACAUUCCUGUAGUCAACCUGCCAAUUUCACGCUCCCUCAAAACUUGAGACAUCUGUGGCAUUGUGUUGUGUGACAAAACUGCACAUUUUAGAGUAGCCUUUUAUUGUCCCAGCCCAAGGCGCACCUGUGUAAUGAUCAUGCUGUUUAAUCAGCUUCUUGAUAUGCCACACAUGUCAGGUGGAUGGAUUAUCUUGGCAAAGGAGAAACGCUCACUAACAGGGAUGUAAACAAAUUUGUGGACAACAUUUUAGAGAAAGAAGCUUUUUGUGCGGAUGGAAAAUGUCUGGGAUUUUUUUAUUUCAGCUCAUGAAUCAUGGGACCAACACUUUACAUGUUGUGUUAAUAUGUUUGUUCAGUGUAGAUGACAGUGUCCAGAUCACAAUCAGAAACAACUUUAAGAGACAUGGGUUCUGCUCCCCAUCUUUUUAUGAAACCUACCUGUGUUCAUUAGGACACAUUUUUACAUUUACAUUUUAGUCAUUUAGCAGACGCUCUUAUCCAGCGCGACUUACAGUUAGUGAGUGCAUACAUUUUCAUACUGGUCCCCCGUGGGAAUCGAACCCGCAACCCUGGCGUUGCAAGCGCCAUGCUCUACUAACUGAGCUACACGGGACACACAAUGGAAAAUGUUGCCAGGUAGUCCCUCUCUUUUUCAGUCUGUUUCCUUAUGUUUGGUGCCCAAUGAACACCUCCAUGGCUUCGCUGUCCUCCAGGGAACAAUGUGUUGCGUACCAUCCACGGCGUGGGGGAGAUGAUGACUCAAAUGGUGCUGAGUAGAGGGCAAGUCCAGCCUCACCACCUCCCGAACACGCCCCCGUCCCUCCAGGAUGGAAAACAACCUCUCUGUCUGCCCGACAACGAGGAUGUCAUGGUCAUGGACACCAAGCUCAAAAUCAUUGAGAUCCUACAGGUGAGUGGAGCGCCACCAUGUGGUCUGGAGGGCCAGUUACCUGUAACUGUUGUAAUGUAGUGGCUUGAGGCUGGCUGUGGUCAAAUUCUCUAUACCUGUCUCCAAUGCUUUUGAAUACUUGAGGGGAAGUGAUUGAUUGUAUACUUCUGGUACAAUAUUGUACUAUAAAUGGUUCCUUCCUGUAUUAUACAUAUGCUAAAAUGUUUUCUAUUCUACUGGGCCAUUUACUUUAUGUUUGUAUUCUUAACUUUUAUUAUUUCUUAUUGUUGCAUUGUCGAGAAGGAACCUGCAAGUAAGCAUUUAGUUGGAUGGUGUAUACCAGGGGUCGGCAACAGGCUGACCAAAACCGGCCUGCGAGUGAUAAUUUUUUGUUGAAAAAAUCACCAGGAAUUCAGCUAGAAAUGAGUUUCAUUUAGGAAAUCUGUUCCCAAGUAUUCCCACGAAUAGAAAAAGAGACGUGAUCGUGACUCAAUGCAAUCAAGGUAUGACAUUAUUGCAUUAUUGUUAUUUUCAAAUGCAAUUUAUUUUUGGGCUUAGUUGUGGUCUACUUGCAGUGUACAAAUUAUUAUAAUUUUGUUCCUGCCCCCCGACCAUCCGCUUCGACAAAACUCGGCCCACGGCUGAAUCUAGUUGCCUGCCCCUGAUAUAUACCAUGUGUGGUAACGCAACAACAAAAAGUUGGUAACCACUGUUUAAGGUCUCUGAUUUCACUAUUUUAGCUUUGUAUACAUUUGAGGUAUUUAACAUUGUGAUCCUUUUAUCUGCUUCCAUCUUGUUCUCCCAUUAGUUCAUUCUGAGUGUGCGACUGGACUAUAGGAUCACCUACCUGCUGUCCAUCUAUAAGAAAGAGUUUGGGGACAGUAAUCUAUCGGACAGUUCUAUGUCAUUAUCUGAAUUCCCCUCAAUGUCAGGUAAUGCUCUACCAUUACAUAAGGACAUCUUGGCCUGGUCCCAGAUCUGUUUGUACUGUCUUGCCAACUCCUAUGCUCGAAAUGGGACCAGGCUAGGGGAAUCUUGAGUGUUUCAGUUAAUACCUGAGGGGAAUCCUGCUGGUUUGUUGAUUACUGUUGUAAUCGGUUGUUUGCGCUGUGCUGUCACAGUCACUAAUGACUUUCUGUAAUUGGGCUUUCUAUAAUUGGGUUCAGUGAUUUCACAAUAUUUUGCACAGUUUCAGAUCCAGACAUUGAUGAGAUUGCAGCAAAAGCAGAGACCAUGUUUGCUGGAAGGUAAGUAAGCUGUGUGCAUAUGCAUUUGUGUGUGUGUGUGAGAAAAAGGGUGCACUGUGGUUUUAGUUCAGAGAAAAGUGCUGUCUGUGAGUGUCUAUAUGUCUGUGUGUGCCAGUGUCUGUCUAAAACCUUCGGUCGCCAGCUGGACGGUAUUUCCUAAGACACAUUGGUGCAGCUGGCUUCCGGGUUAAGCGGUCGGGUGUUAAGAAGCGCGGUUUGGCGGGUAAUGUUUCGGAGUGACCCUCAACACGGGGGCCCCUCAGGUGUGUGUGUGUGUGUACUCCCUGUUCACCCACGACUGCGUGGCCAUGCACGACUCCAAUACCAUCAUCAAGUUUCAUGACAACACGACGGUGGUAGGCCUGAUCACCGACGGUGAUGAGACUGCCUACAGGGAGGAGGUCAGAGACUUGGCAGUGUGGUGCCAUAACAACAACCUCUCCCUCAACGUCAGUAAGACCAAGGAGCUGAUCGUGGACUACAGGAGUAAGAGGGGAGAGCACGCCCCCAUCCACAUCGACAGGGCUGUAGUGGAGCGGGUCGAGCGCUUCAAAUUCCUUGGCGUCCACAUCACUAAGGGCUUAACAUGGUCCACUCACAGCCACAGGAGUCGUGACGAUUUAAUACAUUUUAGAAUAAGGCUGUAACGUAACAAAAUGUGGAAAAAGUCAAGGGGUUUGAAUACUUUCCGAAUGCACUGUACAUUAUAUAUAUAUAUAUAUAUAUAUAUAUAUAUAUAUAUAUAUAUAUAUAUAUAUAUAUAUAUAUAUAUAUACACACACACACACACACACACACACACACACACACACACACACACACACACACACACACACACACACACACCGACACAACACACAUGCACACACACACCAUUAUACCUCAAUUACCUCAUACCCCUGUUUUUUAUUCCUAUUGUGCUACAAUUGUUUUGUUCUUUUUUUAACUCUGCAUCAUUGGGAAGGGCUCGUAAGCAAUCAUUUCACGUUAAAUCUACACCCGUUCUAUUCGGCACGUAAAAAAAAUAAAAUUGGAUUUGAUUUUAACCCUGUGUCUGGUGCUUUCAGUUCAGAGCGUCGUUCUGUGUCUAACAUUGUCUCUGUCUAACCCUGUGUCUGGUGCUUCUAGGUCAGAGUGUAAUGCUGUGGAGCUGGAUGACGAGGGAGGCAGGACCUUUCUGAGGGUUCUGAUCCACCUCAUCAUGCAGGACUACCCCCCGCUGGUGUCCGGCUCGCUGCAGCUCAUGUUCAAACACUUCAGCCAGAGAGCCGAGGUCCUACAGGCCUUCAAACAGGUAAAGGCACAGUUGGUGCGUGCGUGUGCGUCCGCCUAAUCUGUGUGUGUGUCUGAUCUCACUGUGUGUGUUUCUGUGGUCUCCUACAGGUCCAGUUGCUGGUGUCGGAGCAGGAUGUGGAGAACUACAAUCAGAUCAAGACCGACCUGGACCAGCUCAGGCUGACUGUGGAGAAGUCUGAACUGUGGGUGGAGAAGAGUGGAGGCUACGGCAGUGAGGACAUAGGAGACAGCCAGGGCAAGGAGCAGACCAUGGAGGUACAACACUAUACUGCACAGUACACUAUACUGCACAGUACACUAUACUGCACAGUACACUAUACUGCACAGUACACUAUACUGCACAGUACACUAUACUGCAGUACACUAUACUGCAGUACGGUAUAGUAUGCCCCCUACAGGCCACACAUCAUAGAGGACUAAUGGCUAAGGGUGGUCUGAAUCCUAACUCGAUAUCCAAGUCAAAAAUCCAAAUGUAUUUUUGUGUGGUGUGUGAUUGACAGGAGGCGGGGAUCCUGAGUCCAGUACAGGAUGGGGAUGUGAAGCCCCAUAUAGACAGCAACAAAGCCAACAACUACAACAUCGUCAAAGAGGUGGGCUGCCAUUCUGUCCCCUUAUACUGUGUUUGGUAUUGGCAGCAUAAUCAAUUACAGUCAGUGCAGUCUUUGAAUAUACAUCAUGAUGCUGGGGUCAUUGAUUGCCCACUGACAAUUUACAGACCUCACAUUACUGGCCAAUGUGUGGCCAACAUGAGCUGGACUUGCCUGACUUGUAACCUGACUUGCCUUUCUUAAAUGCUCCUGAGGGGAUACAUAGAAUUGAAUUGAAUGAGGUUCAGUAACAUCUGAAAAAUCAAGUGUUUUUUUAGACUUAUUGCGAUGUAGCCGUUAAAUGCUUGUAUGUUUGUCUGAUCUGUGUGUGUGUGGUCAGUAGAUCCUGCUGCGGCUCAGUAAGCUGUGUUACCCCAGUAAGAAGAGUUGUGUGCAGCAGCAGAGGCUACUGAAAAACAUGGGGGCUCACUCUGUGGUGCUGGACCUGCUCCAGAUACCUUAUGAGAAGGUGAGCACAUCAUCACGUUUAGAGAUUUCAGUAAUUACAGUAAGUGUCAAACACACCGAGUCCAUUUGGGAUUAUAAAAGAAAUGCUUCAAAUGAGGCGCCUCAAAGCCUUACAUGGAUUUUGUCAUGCUCACUAACCAGAAUUUACCUGGAUAAAGCUUGACUGGAUAGAUAAACGCUGCCUGGAGCUUUGUUGGACCGUCUGUAUGGAUUGAUUUUGUGGUGAUGCAGUUGUGAAACAGUGUUGUGACUCCUGUCUGUCCCCAGAGUGAUGAGAAGAUGAAUGAGAUCAUGACACUGGCCCAUGUGUUCCUGCAGAACUUCUGUAGAGGGAACAGCCAGAACCAGGCUCUGCUCCACAAAUACCUCAACCUGUUCCUUACACCAGGGGUACGCUCACACGAACACACACGCACUCAUUCACACACACUGUGAGCACACACACACACACUGUAUGCAUGCAUGCAUGGACUCACACUCACAAACACAUACACGGGACAUACGUGUUUGUUCACAUGUCUUAAUAUUAUUCAACUCAAUAAAUGCAUUCUAUUACUGGAGAUCCAGAUGUGAAUUCACUGUACACAUCUUCUCCCUCUCUCCAGCUCCUGGAGGCUGAGACCAUGCGCCACAUCUUCAUGAACAACUUCCACCUGUGCAACGAGAUCAGCGACCGCGUGGUCCACCAUUUUGUCCACUGCAUCGAGACGCACGGCCGACACGUCCAGUACCUCAAGUUCCUCCAGACCAUCGUCAAGGCCGACGGGAAGUACGUGAAAAAGUGCCAGGACAAGGUCAUGACCGAGGUGAGAGGGGGAUGAUGAUGAUGAUGAUGCUGUCUUUGCUGUGGAGACAUAACGCAAUAGCAUGGUUAUCUCCAAACUAGCCAGGGCUUGCUAGAGAUGUUUCAAACACGAGAAACUUAAAAUGUGACUACUUAAAGAAAAUACCUUGUGGAUGAAUUAAUGAAUUUGCCACUCCCAUUGACGUUGGUCGGAAUCUUGGUUGAGGGCGUUACAGGAAGUCAUUGCAUGUUGAGUCUCAGUUUAGGUUAACAGGAAGAAUGAACCAAUAUCACACUAUGUCUUGCUCAUAUCAAUAGCAAACUAUCAAUAUCAUAUCGAAUGGUCAAUAUUGGUACCCCGUAUUCCCUGUCUAACCUCCACUCGUCUGUCUCCCUUUCUGUCCAUCCCACCCCCAGCUGGUGAACGGUGGCGAGGACGUGCUGGUGUUCUACAACGACCGCUCCUCCUUCCCGGUGCUGUUCCAGAUGAUGUGCUGCGAGCGGGAGCGUGGGGACGAGAACGGCGCCCUGGCCUACCACAACACCUUGGUAGAGCUCCUCGCCGUCUGCACCGAGGGCAAGAACGUCUACACCGAGCUGAAAUGUAACUCCCUGCUGCCCCUCGACGACAUCGUCAAAGUGGUCACCCACGAAGAUUGCAUCCCUGAGGUACGGGAGAAGGGAUGGGUCAUAUUGAGAGGCUGUGUUAUUGGGUGCUGUGGUGUGAUUCAGUAUUCUAAUGUGAUUUACUACCCUUGUAUUCAGCCUCACCUGUACUAAUCUGAAUAUACAGAGGAUAGGUAAAAGUGGCAUGAUGCUUGGUAAACGCUUACUGUGAAUUGGAAUUCAUCUGUUCAGCUGUUUCGCAUCAGUGCAGAUGAGGGAAAGUAAUACAGGAUAGUAUUUCAUUAUAGACAAUUGGCAUGCACCCAUUGUUUGCAUACAGAGAGUGGUCAGAGGUUUAUUUUCGUUGAUUCAAACCCAUGCAUAACAUUUGAUUCCAAAACAGCCAGCCUUGAUAUAGCUUAGCAUUCAUUCACCUCAGUGUAAUCUUUCACACCUGCCAUUCAUCUGAAUACAUUGUUUCUAUUGGCCCUCCCUCCCCAGGUGAAGACAGCCUACGUGAACUUUGUGAUCCACUGCUACGUGGACACAGAGGUGGAGAUGAAGGAGAUCUACACCAGCCACCACAUCUGGAAGCUCUUUGAGAACUUCCUGGUGGACAUGGCACGGGUAACGUCCUCACUAAGGUCCUCCUCAUAGCACUACCAGGGGUGUGUCUCAAUAGUUCAAAACCGGUUCCUUUUCCUCAGUUUCCUUGUGUCCUCUCCCUCAUCUGCACUGAUAUGAACACAAAAUAUACACUGAGUGUACAAAAUAUUAAGAGCACCUUCCUUUUGCCCUCAGAAUAGCCUAAAUUCGUCGGGCAUGGACUCUAUAAAGUGUCGAAAGCGUUUCACAUGGUUGCUUGCCCAUGUUGACUCCAAUGCUUCCCACAGUUGUGUCAAGUUGUCCUUUGGGUGGUGGACCAUUCUUGAUACACACGAGAAGCUGUUGAGUGUGGAAAACCCAGCGGCGUUGCAGUUCUUGACACAAACCGGUGUGCCUGGCACCUACUACUUCUACUACGACUGUGACUACUACCAUACCCCAUUCAAAGGCACUUAAAUAUUUUGUUUUGUCCAUUCAUCCUCUGAAUGGCACACAUACACAAUCGCCGUACACUCCACUGGCUUCCAGUUGAAGCUCGCAUCUGCUACAAGACCAUGGUGCUUGCCUACGGAGCUGUGAGGGGAACGGCACCUCCUUACCUUCAGGCUCUGAUCAGUCCCUACACUUUGAAAGCAUUCAACUUUCCAGCUGAAAUAAUACAUUUAAUAAAAAUAUUAUAUCAUGUCCUAAAGCAAAAAUAUACACACAUACAUUAUCAGGGAUGUCCUCUCUCCCCCCUCCUGUUUGCACUGGGAAUUGAACCGCUUGCAGAAAUAAUUAGACAGUACCCAAACGUAACAGGUAUUGGUAAACUAAACGUAUUUAAUGACGAUCUCCUUUAUACACCAGAAUAAUAUGGAAAACUCAAUGCCCCCCUUGUUAACUCAAUGCCCUCCGAGUGGCGCAGUGGUCUAAGGCACUGCAUCGCAGUGCUAGCUGUGCCACUAGAGAUCCUGGGUCGAAUCCAGGCUCUGUCGUAGCCGGCCGUGACCGGGAGACCCAUGGGGUGGCGCACAAUUGGCCCAGCGUCGUCCAAUGUAGGGGAGGGAAUGGCCGGCAGGGAUGUAGCUCAGUUGGUAGUGCAUGGCGUUCGCAACGCCAGGGUUGUGGUUUCGAUUCCCACGGGGGGCCAGUAUGAAAAAUUUAAAAAUAAUGUAUACACUCACUAACUGUAAGUCGCUCUGGAUAAGAGCGUUUGCUAAAUGACUAAAAUCUUUUUUAAAAAUGUAAAAAAUAUAUUCGGAACUACUUCUGAAAUUAUGGCAACAUGAAAAGGGAUAACUCAUGAUCUACAACAAUCCUUUAAGUGGACCACAAAAACAUAUUAAAUCCUUAGGAUGCUUAAUAAGGGACAACACAUAUAUAAAGAUAACUUUAUCCCAUUACUCAACAACAUGAAUGUAGAUCUAAUUAAAUGGAACAAUCUCCUCAUAAGUCUUACAGGUAGAAUAAACCUCUUUUAGGCUCCCAAAGUUCAGUAAUACCAAUUACCCCACCGAAGACAUUCUUUAAAAAAGUAUACUCGGCCAUAACAGACUAAACUCCUAGAAUAAAUAGCAAAGUUGUCCCUUAUUCUGAGGGUGGUUUUAACCUUCCAGAUUUGGAAUUGUAUCAACUCGCCACCCAAGGCAAUUACUUGUGACAUAUUGUUAAAUGCACUAAAGAGGAACAAUAUUGAAGAUGCACAUGCUCUUCCCCAUCAUCUUUUCACGUGUCUGUUUUCAAAGGAUGUAGCUAAGAACAUUAACAACUUCAUAAUUAACAACACUAUAACAACAUGGAAGAAAAUGAAACUGAUUCUACAAGAACCAAUAUCAUUCCCUAAAAACACAACCCUAUGGAACAAUCCUUGGAUAGCUUUCAGAAUUCACAGAUAAAUUGGUCCACAUGGAAACCUAAAGGCAUAGAAACCGUAAAUGACUUGGUAAUAGGAAAUACAUGUAUAAUCAUUUCCAUUACCAAAUUAAAAAGAAAUGACCAAUGUAGAUAUUUUCAAAUAUAUGCAACUUAAAAGUUUUAUAUCACAAAAUGUUGACCUGAAAGCUUUUGUACAUCAGAGCGAUGUUGAGGCAAUCCUAUUUGAAUCAGAAAAAUAAAGUUAUAUGAUAGGUAAGAUGUAUACCAAACCAUGCAGAGAGCAUAUCCAACUGACAAUCUCUUAUUCAAAAAUAUAAACUAUUGGAACAAGACUUAAAAAUAACUGAUAUUGGCAAAAGAUGGAGGGAGUGUUGGAACAUAACGAACAAAAUUACAAUUAACGAAAAUGUACGCCUAAUCCUGUAUAAACUAAUGUAUAGAUUUUAUUAUACAAGAGAUAAAAUUCACACAUUCUACAGCACAAUGGCAGAGUCAUGUCUUAAGUGUAAAACUAACAAUGACUCAAUAAUGAAUGCCUUUUGGGAGUACUAUCAAUUACAAUAAACUGACUGUCAGAAAUUGUACAAUUCAAGGUGACUUUUAAUCCGUCUAUCUGCAUAUUUCAAGACAUGGCAUAUGGGGGUGCAGUGCGCUAGCCAAUGGGUUGGACAAUAUUAUUUCCAUUACUUAUAUUGAAGAAGCUAUUACUUAAAUACUGGAAGUGAAAUGAUACUCCAACGUUAAGAGAAUGGAAGAAUCAAAUGCUUUAUUAUUUAAAUAUGGAAAAAAAUCUGGCUACAGACAAAAACAACAGAACACAAUUUGAAGUCAUAUGAGGCUGAGUCUUACAAGCAUUAGAAACAUUGGGUGUGGGAACAUGUGGGUCUGAGCAAGUGUGAUAUCAUUAAUGUUUGUGGAUAUGUACAGUAUGUAUGUAAAUGUUAAGUUGUCUAAUGUUUUUGUCUAUGCAUAUUUUUGUUUGUCAUAUAAAAUAUUACAACAACAAAAUGAGAGAUACCCCAGGUAAGUCUCUCCCCCCUCACUCCUGAGUGACAGACUUCACAUCCCCCUCUCCUCAUCUAUGGUUUUAGGUGUGCAACAGCACCACAGACCGUAACCAUGCCAACGUUCCCUUGGAGAGGUACGUGACGGAGACAGUGAUGGCCAUCGUCAAGGGCUUCUUUAGCUCCCAGUUCCCUGUCAACAACUCCAACCUGCAGGUACGGCUGGGAGAGAGGUUAACCUUGUACAUGGGCAUUUAAAUACCUUCCCCAGGUCACUUCCAAACGUUGGAUUUACUUAAGAGUAGUGGACAGUGGACCAGAGUUGGUCAUUUGCGUUUCAAUUCAGUCAGUUCAGGCACUUCAGGCAAAUGCUUAUCCAUCUGGUAGGUGCUUGCACAACAGUUUUGAGUGCAAUUGAAGGAUUUGUUGAUGGAGUGUUUUAGUGACUGUUUAUCCCCUCCUCUCUCUCCUAUGUCAGACCCACCAGCCCAUCUUCAUCCAGCUGCUCCAGUCCUCCUUCAGGAUCUACAACUGCACCUGGAUCAGCUCAGCCCAGAAGAACAACAUCGAGGGCUGCAUCAAAACACUGGCUGACGUGGGUGAGUCUCGCAGCCCGAUGAUUGCACUUUGACAGGCCUUGACUAAGGUUGGUAGACUGGAAACGUCUGUGAUUUUUAUAAUGACAUGGAGACAUUGCAAGUAUUUUAAAUCUCAUCCAAUAAACCCUGUAUGUGUUAGUCUGCCACCACUGUGUAUGCAGGCAAUAUUGAAAGAAAGUAGGCCUAUAUGCCUUUCUCUGUUGGUUGAUUGGGUGUCAUGUCAGCUUGUGUCAAUGUGUGUGUCUGGGAGAGAUAUGGGCCCAUCUUCAGAAAGCGAUUCAAUAUGGUCUACAAGGCUAAUCUGAUCUGAUAUCAGCACUCCUACUUUGAGGCUCCUUCAGUUCCUAGUUAUAAAGUCUCCGCCCUGUCUCCUCUCCAGCCAAGGCGCGUGCCAUAGCCAUCCCGGUGGAUCUGGACAGCCAGGUGAACACUCUGUCUCUGAAGGCCCACACCUACAGGGUGGAGCGUGCUGUCAAGGACUGGAGGAUCUCCGCACGCACCCGGCUCCGCAAGGAGCUCCUGGGAGGGCCUGACUACAAGAGCAUCAUCGAGAAGCUGCAGGUGAUAACAAACACACACAAAUAUGCAUGCACACACAUACGCCACUGGCGGUUCUUGCCGUUCAAGAUUAGGGGGGACGGUUUUGUAUAUUUAUGAGCAUGGCCUUAUUUCUGUUACAGCAUAUUGGAUGACUGUCAUUCAUAUUCCAUUCACCCAGUUCAUUGUAACAUCCAUAGGUUUAGGCUACUACAUCAUACUCGAAUUUGCCCUAUAUAAUACCCAUCAUGAGGUUGCUACAACCUAGCUUAAAAAUUAAAGUUUAUAAUGUAGGUGCACAGGUCGAGAGACAAAUUGGAGUGAUCAAGGUGACGGAGACAGUGAAACAUUCAAUACCGCCUUGCACACUCUUGCCUGCAUCCAGCUGAUCUGGGGUGUAAUCAUUUGUCCAAAACAAGAGUUUCUAUUGGACAAAUUCCGUUUGCUUCCAUUUAAGAAACGUUUUGCAACAGAAUCGGCAGAAUGAAUACACCCCUGAUCACCCGCACACACAGUUCACUUUCAUAGAAGCCACAUACAGCAUCAUCACUUUGCUCGUUGUAUAAUUCCUUCUCGCAUCUACACGUACUCCUCCUUUCACCUUUUCCCUUCGCUUGUGGACUUCAGUGCACAACACAACAGCUGUCUCUGACCAGACGCAAAAAACCUCUCCAAGCCAAACCUUCAUUCCAUGACCGCUAACCGCUACACAGCCUACAUCGUUGUUACCAUCUUAAAGUUUAUAGUCAACAAACUAGAACUAACUCGUAAACCCAUAAUCCAAUCCAUGUGUACAAUCAUGCAGUACAGUGUACAGCAAAAUGUUUAGCAGUUACACCGGCGGGCCCGGUGGCAAUACAUCUAUAAAACGAAAGCUUACCUUGACUUGGAAGAGUUGCAGUGUUGGAUAGCCUUAGCCAGCAAGCUAACAUAAAUAGCAUUCCUCUCUGUUUGAGUCAGAGGUUGAGUAGGCAAAAUUAACUGCAUUAUCUAAGUAAGUGAAAGGUAAACUAAGAAGGUAAAAAAAUACAACAAAAUAUAGCUAGCUCUCGCACUCUCUGCUGCUUCUCCUUCAUUUUUGAAGAAAAUAGUUUUUUCAAAAUCAAAACUGUUCAAUUAUUGUCUUUAUCUCUCUGAGUCAACGUCUCACCACACUUUAAGUACUGCAGUGCUAGCUAGCUGUAGCCUUUCAGUACUAGAUUCAUUCUCUGAUCCUUUGAUUGGACGGACAAGAUGUUACUUCAUACUGCAAGAGCUCUGAUAGGUUGGAGGACGUCCUCUGGAAGUCGUCAUAAUUAAUGUGUAAGUCUAUGGAAGGGGGUAAGAGCCAUGAGCCUCCUAGGUUUGUAUUGAAGUCAAUGUACCCAGAGGAGGAUGGAAAAUAUCUGUUCUCCGGCUACACAAUUGUGCUAUUCUAGAUGGUGCUGUUGAGGCUACUGUAGAUGGUCAUUGCAAAACAGUGUGUUUUAAUCAGUUAUUUGGUGACAUGUAAAUAUAUUUAGUAUAGUUUUAAACAAUAUUUCACUGCGUAGGAUUAUUAUCCUCCCCUUCCUCUGAGAAGCCUCCACUGGAAUACACACACACAUAUGUAUACGUGCAUGAACACACACACACACACGCUAUACUGCUGAGGUAUUGUAUACAUUGUGUCAUGUGUCCAGGGUGUGGUGGCGUGUCUAGAGGAGCAGUUCAGUCCUAUGGUGCAGGCUGAGUUCUCUGUGUUGGUGGAUGUACUACAUAGCCCUGAGCUGCUGUUCCCAGAGGCUGCCAGACUGCGCUGUGAGAGUGGGGCCUUCAUGUCCAAGUGAGUGUGGCAGAGGUACAGAUGCAGUCACAGACACUGAUCAGACACACCAUCACAAACACAAUCUAUGGGCUGCAUUUACUGAGCAUUUACACCAGUGCAAAGUUUGCAUUUGGCCGUCCAUUGUUCUGGUUCGUGUUUUACUUUAGACUUCCAAAAUGUUUCCAAAAAUAAAUUGUCUCAUUUAAUAUUUUGUGUCCUCACGAUUUUCCAGUCAUAAGUCAUAGGUCACACGUCUGUUGGUGUGCUUAGAUGACUUAAAGCCAUGGUACUGAUGUUCCGCCUGUACUCUUCCCUUUGUCAUUCAGACUGAUCAAACACACCAAGAAGCUGAUGGACAAGGAGGAAAAGCUGUGCAUUAAGAUCCUGCAGACACUCAGAGAGAUGCUGGACAAGAAGGAGGCCUUCGAUGAGCCUGUGAGUACUGAACCGGACAAAACA